AUGAUCACAGCCGUGUGGUCCUGAAAGUAGAUGACUUAAGCGGGGACCAGUCAGAUUACAUCAAUGCUAAUUAUAUUCAUGGUUACAAGAAAGCACGAGCUUACAUAGCUACCCAGGGACCGUUAGCCAACACCGUCUGUGACUUCUGGAGAAUGGUUUGGCAAGAGAACUCUAACGUCAUUGUCAUGAUUACAAACUUGGCGGAGAAGGGGCGGAGCAAAUGUGAGCAGUACUGGCCGGCAAAGGGAGAAGAAGAAUACGGCAGCCUGACAGUUCGCCUCGUUUCCACUGAUCGGCAUGCGUUUUAUAUAAUCCGGGUUUUUGCUCUGAGUCUGACACAGCUCCAAGCAAGGGGCUGUACUGACGUCAGGACAGUACACCACUAUCACUACACCCAGUGGCCCGAUCAUGGAGUGCCUUGUCACGUGUUACCUGUCCUGUCUUUCGUGCAAAAGUCCGCAGCUCAGAGGAAGCCAGCGUGUGGUCCUGUCGUUGUCCACUGCAGUGCUGGAGUUGGCCGAACUGGCACCUACAUCUUGAUUGACAGCAUGAUCUGCCAGAUACUGGACAAGCGAAGUGUCAACAUACCUGGCUUUCUGGUGGAGAUUCGCAAGCAGAGAUACUGUUUAGUUCAAACCAAGGAGCAGUACAAAUGUAUACACGAGGUGCUGGUGGAAUACCUUCAAGCGAAUGCCACAACAGAAGUCAGCGAGGACCAGUUGUCGGAUUAUCUGUCCUUGCUGGAGCAACCCUAUCAGAACAUGUUCAUGUCCUACAGCCCACAGGUCCCAGUGACUCUCCUGGAGAAACAGUUUCAGUUAAUCACGGAAUACACGGCUAGAGAGUCUGACCUUUCCCCUGCCCUGGAUCCAUGGAAUCAAGCCAAGAACAAGCCAGGAAGCCUCCUGCCCGUGUCUUCCAGCCGGGUUGUGUUGCCGGCUUGGCCUGGGAAGGCUGGAUCUGAUUAUAUCAACGCUUCUUUCUUGCAA